GUAAAUUCAUAUGACUAAGAGAAAUGUCGUAUUCGAUGCCGUCAGAAGAUCAAAUUAUUCUUGAUAUAUCACACCUAGAUUCCAAUGAUACUACCGGUGAUAUACGCAAGGAUGCGAGUAAAACUGCUCUUUUAACAACUCAACUUUUAGUCGCGAUACCUAUCGGUACAAUAUGUUUUUUGCUUUUUUGUUUUCUUCGAGCUAGAUGGAAUGUUAUGUAUUCUCCACGAAGUAGGUUGAAUAGACUAGCACCGAAGCCUUUACCAAACACUUUCUUUGGAUGGAUAAUGCCUUUAUUAAGAAUCCCCCAAUCUGAAGUUUUAGAUAGUGUGGGAUUGGAUGCUACUGUGCUUCUAGCAUUCUUUAAAAUGUCUUACAAACUUUUUGCAUUCUGUGGAUUUUUCGCAUUAGUUAUAUUAUCUCCGAUAAAGGUUUAUAACUUCAUACCAGGAAUGGGCAAAGUCGAUGAUAACAAUGCACUUGACGAUGGUCCAUUCGAACCGACCGAUCCCAACGAUCCAAAUUAUCCUCAUGAAUCUUCAGAAAUACUAAUAUCAUACGUGGUUUUUACCUGGGUAUUUUCUUGUGCAACAUAUUAUUUCGCAUUUUAUAAUUAUAGAGAAUUUUCAGAAGUACGCCACAAAUAUUAUCUUAAAGGGAUGGAUACUGUUACUGCAAGAUCUGUAAUGGUUACGAUUGUUCCAAAGGAUUUGCAAGCAGAUCAUAAGUUAGAAGAUUUUUAUGCUUCUUUAGAUUUGGGUCAGGUUGAAAAUGCUACAGUAUAUCGACAAGUUCGAAAACUUAGGCAUGCGAUCGAGAAACGCGCACAAUAUUUAAGAAAGUUGGAAGCAGCUUAUGUUGAAUAUUUGGGGAAUCCUUGUGAUGAUCCAAAUUAUGAUCCCAAGAAAGCAACCAAAACGUUUGAAGAAGCUUUAAACAAUGACCCUUCUACUGCAAACGCUGUAACUGCAGAAGUUCUUAAGGGUGUUAAAGCAAAAAGACCUACAAUAAGGUCAGGUUUUCUUGGAUUAUUUGGCAAAAAAAUCGACAAAAUUGAAUAUUAUACCGAUCAAUUUAUUUAUUAUGACCAACUAGUGAGACGAGGUAGAAAUGGUGCCUAUGUCUCUACUUCAACUGGUUUUGUGACUUUCAAGGAUAUAACUAGCGCGCAAUUAGCGGCACAAGUACUUUUACAUCCAGAACCUUUCCAAUGUAGUACCGAACUCGCCCCAGAACCUCGUGAUGUAUUCUGGCAAAAACUAAGCAUUCGCAAACGAGAGUUGAUAAUUCGUGACGUGUUAGUCAAUUGCUUAGUUACCAUAAUUGUAUUUUCCUGGACUGUACCUUCUUCUGCAGUUGCUACCCUUUUGAGUUUAAAUUCAUUGAAAAAAAUCUUCCCAUGGUUAGAAAAAUUGGCAGAAUCGAAUGAAAUUUUGAAAAGUUUUAUCCAAGGUACUUUGCCUACUCUUGCAGUUGUCACACUUAACGCGAUAAUUCCACAGGUUAUGCAAUUUCUUUCUAAAAUUCAGGGACUCAAAUCUCGUAGUGCAAUUGAAUCUUCAACAUUCUCCAAAUAUUUCUUUUUUUUGCUGAUAACUGUUUUCCUUAUCUUCACCGUUGUUGGUACUUGGCUUAGUGCAAUUGAAGAUAUAGCACAAAAUCCAACAAAGAUUACUAUUACUUUAGCGAAAAAUUUACCCAGAGUGGCCCCAUUCUUUAUAAAUUAUGUUGUUCUCCAAGGAAUUGCUUUAUACCCAUCUCGUAUAUUAAUGAUUAAAGAUAUUGCAAUGGCUUGUUUAUUACGCGUUGUUGUUGCAAAUACUCCCAGAGAUUUUGCUGAAAGCAGUACUCCACAACUUAUAUAUUAUGGACAAGAGCUGCCACCCACUGUAUUCAUUUUCGUUCUUGUUCUCGUAUACUCUUCUAUUAUGCCGAUCAUUCUCCUUUUUGGCACAAUUUACUUCUUCUUUGGCUAUAUAUGUUUUAAAUACUUGCUAUUAUUUGUAUAUUUCCAUCCUUACGAAUCCGCUGGUAAUUCAUGGCCUAAAAUAUUUCGAGGAAUUAUUAUUGGCUUAUAUAUUUUUCAACUAUUAAUGAUUGGAUAUAUGUCGUUAAGAAAGUCAUUUUAUUUAUCUGCAUCUUUAGUGCCUCUUUUAGUUAUUACAGCUAUUUACUACUAUUAUGUGAAACAAGCAUAUGACAGAAGUUCAGAAUUUGUACCAUUAAGCGUUUUACGCGAGAACCAAAAGAAAUCGCCUACUAAUACAUCUGAUGUUAAUAUUAGACAAACGUCACAGAAAUCAACAGUGACAAAUGAUACUUUGGGAGAAACCACAGCUGAUACUUCAUCAACUAAUAAUGAGAGUAAUAAAAAAGCACAAGGACAAUCUCAAAGAGACUUAUUAGAUGACGAUUUUUAUCAAGCAGCUCCUGAUCUUUAUACAAAUUAUACUCAACCUCCAAUGACAUUAUAUGAUGGUAUACUUAAUACGGGAAUGAGAGAUUAUGCACCUCCGGAACUAAAGGGAAGUUUACCAUGGUUAUGGCUCCCAGUUAAAAGAACAAAACAAGAAAUUAAAAACGGAGGAUUUAUUAGAAAAUUAUUAGGAAUGAAUGAAAUAACUUCACGACCAAUUUCAUCCUCACAAUCAGAAUCGGUAACUGGUUCUACAACUGAUUCAAAUAAAAAAGUGGCAGCGGUUAAAACAUUACAAUUUGUAGAGGAUGGAUCAUCUAGCUCUUCCUCAGGACAAAGUACAAAUUAUGGAGCAGUUGAUACUAGUGUGCCAGUUUCUGAACAAGAAGUAGUAGGACCUGAGCAAGUUGUUGUAACAAAUGAAGAGCAAAGUACAUCAUCUAAAAAACUUUCGAAGGCCCAAAAAAGAAGGUCUAUGGCUGAUAUGUUAGGAGAAUUUGCAGGAAGCAAUUUUUCUUAAUUAUCUUAAUUAUUUAAUCAAAUUUUUUUUUAAAAAAAAUUUAUUUAUUAUUUAUUUAUUUAU